AUGAGCUCAUUUGGUAGAAAGAAAAAGAUUGAUUCAAUUGAAUUCAAGGCUGGUAAAGCCCAAUUAGAGAACAAACAAAUUACUAGUCAUGGUGAAAAGGGUAGCCUCAAGUUUGAAUUGGCUGAUGAAUUGAUUGUUGUUACUUGGACAUCUAGAGAGGAAAAGGGAGGAAGCGAAGAUCAACAAUUCUAUUCAGUCCCAGGUGAAUUAGAGUUUAUCAAGGUCAAGUCAUGUGCAGAUGGCAGAAUGUAUUAUUUAAAGUUUACUAGUUCAGAUCAAAAGGAAUUUUUUUGGUUACAAGAAUCCGAUCCAGCAGAUGAUACAAAGUUGGAAGAAACCAUUAAACAAAUUAUUUCCGGUGAAGAUGAAGAAGUUCCUACGACUGCCACAACAGCUACAACUACUGCCACCACUACUACAUCUACUGCAUCAACCAUUCCAUCAACUCCAGCACCAACUACAUCAAAAUCUGCUGGAUAUCCAUCUACUCCAUCAACUGUCACAUCAUCAUCAAAGACAUCAUCUACAUCUACUGCAGCCACAUCAACUCCAUCAAAUAAUGUAAAUUUUGAUUUAUUCAAAGAUAUUCUUUCAACAAUGAAACCAACAGCUAGAAUUAGUUUAUCAACCAUAUUGGCACCAGAGAAUUUAUCUAAAAUUCUGUCAGAAGACAAUGCCAAGGAAUUGAUGGAAUUUCUUCCAGAGGGAGGAAGAACUAAAUCUGAUUUGUUACAAACCCCACAUACUCCCCAAUUUUCACAAGCUGUCGAUCAGCUCAACCAUGCCAUUGCCGAAGGUCAUGGCUUGGAAAUUGUACAACAACUUGGCUUUGAGCCAACACCCUCUUCCAUGAGAGGUGUCGAAGGUUUCCUUACUUCAAUCCAAGAUGGAGAGAGAUGGGAAUAUUAA